CGCGCACCGCAGACGGCAUCGGCGUGCUUUGACUUUGGGGAGUGUUUGGCAUGGAGUGCAGGGGUGCUGUUCUCCGUGCACGCUUAUUUCCCCGCAAUGCCAGCCACCCAAUCUAACAAGAUGACUUGUCGCAAUGUUGAACGGCGCUGCCCUGCACUGCUAAAGCCACUAACCACCUUUUGAUGGGUUUCUUACGCAGAAUGAAUUCAGGCCACCACCAUGGCACAAUUCGGACUUAGCGACAUUUAACUCCGCAUACUAAUGGAGAUAACUACAAUCUCACCAUUUCCGCCGAGGAGAUAAUACAGAAACUGCAUAUAAAUAUGCCUAUGACUCGAGCUUCAUGAAUUAUCUUCAUCCACAGUUUACCUCGACACAUCGCCAUCAUGGAUUCCCCAAUGCAAGCCAUCACCCUCGAAGAGCAUGUUGCAUUUCCCGCCCUAGACAGCAGCAACCCCUUCUACGACAACAUCUGGAAGAUCUUCCCCGAGCGCCUGAAACUCGCCCAAGAUUCCUCCACCUCCCGACUCGCCAACAUGGACGCCGGAAACGUCACCUUCCAAAUCCUCUCCCACCUCCCCGGCGGCAUCGCCGUCACCGACCCCGCACGCUGCCGCGCAGGCAACGACGAAAUGGCCGCCGCCAUCCAACAACACCCAGACCGAUUCGGCGGCUUCGCCGCCCUCCCCAUGGCGCACCCCCUCGAAGCCGCCACCGAACUACACCGCGCCGUCCGCGACCUCGGCUUCCACGGCGCCCUCAUCGACAACCACCUCCCGGACGGUAUCACCCACUACGACGCCGAACGCUUCUGGCCCGUCUUCGCCGCCGCCGAAUCCCUCGACGUCCCCAUCUACCUACACCCCUCCCCACCCUCCCCGGAAACCAUCCACUCCCGUUUCGCCGGCAACUACCCCCUCCCGGCCGAACUGGGCCUCGCCACCGGCGCCUGGGGCUGGCACGAGAACGUCGGCCUGCACGUCCUGAAACUCUACGCCGCCGGGGUCUUCGAGCGGUUUCCCAAUCUCAAGAUCGUCAUCGGACACAUGGGCGAACUCCUCCCGAUCAUGUUACAUCGUAUCGCUCGAUUGCGCUUCUUUCAGGAGUUGGCGGCUACCCGGUCCAAGGGGAUUCUGGAUGUCUGGGAUCAGAAUAUCUGGGUUACCACGAGUGGGAUCUUUAGUGUCGAGACGUUGAUGAUGGUGUUGCAGGUGACCAAGGUCGAACGGGUCAUGUAUGGUGUGGAUUAUCCGUUUGAGGAUAAUGUUACCGGGAAGGAGUUUUUGGAUCGAUUGAGGGAGAGUGGGAAGCUGUCGGAGGAGGAGGUGAAUGGGAUUGCGUUUCGGAAUGCGAGGGCGUUUUUGAAGUUGGAUGUUUGAGUAUUUCUACCCAUCCUCCCCGUGUCUUUGUCUCUCUUUGUGGGGAGAAGGGAUGGAUGGUAGAGUGUAGAUUGUUGAUAUCGUAGAGUACUUAUGUAGCGUAGUAGAUAGAUAGAUAGAUAGAUAGCUAGAUAUGCUUCAACAAGACAACCUUAAACCUGAGCCUCUCAAU